CCGGUUUAAACAACUGCGCCCUUUUGCGAAAAAAAUAAUUUAUUGCAAAUCAUGGCUUACCAGGAGAAAAUAGCAGAAUUUAAGAACUGGGCCACCGGCCUGGGAUGCCCGCCCACUGCUCUACCCGCCGAUGAUGCGCUGCGAAGGAUAUUUAAGUCCGGCUCUAGUUCGCUUCUGGAACAACUACAAUCCCGCAUCCAACCGGUGGAAUACGUACGCGAGGUGCGCGAGAACCUAUUAAUUGCCCAAGUGACCCGUCACAAGGACAAAAUGGUGCCACUCGCAUCCCGGAGUUUUCAGCCACCGGAACUGCAGUGCUACCAAACGAUCCAGGAGCUGAAGAAGAAAAAGGAGAAGGCGGGUCAACAAUUGGCUGAGUUCAGAAAUGAGUUCCAGAAGCUAUCCGCCAGCAUCAAAACCAAAAACAUUCAAACCAUCAGUGCCGAAAACCGAAAGCAACUGCUCGAAUCGAAAUGCAAUAUUCUAGAGCUAAAGCUGGAAUCCCUUAACAAGAACUACGAUCAAGAGCUGAAGAACAAAGCGCAGAUCUUGGCCACCACACCUGUAAAGCUUAGUGCUAAGAAUGCUAGUGAGGCGCAGGCCACGCGGGCUGUAGAGCAGGCUCUUAAGCAGCUGGAGGCCUUCUACGGAAUGUGUGAUGAGGGCAAUGCAAUUCACAGCCUGGCGGAUGCAAAGCAGCGCCUGUGGGAUGAAAUGCGGAGUACCUUUGCUGAUAUCCCCAACGCCCUGCUUUUUAACGUAAUUAUGAAGAUCAAGGAAGAGCAGCUUCAGCACAUAAUGCACUUGAACGAAACCAGAGGCAAUUGCACCACGGCCAAACCACCACUUAAUAACUACGAGGUAAAGCUGUUAAAGACCAAGGCCGAUAUGCUUGGUAUGGCGGCCAAAUUCUUUGGAGCCCAAAAGGAGCUUGAACAGAAGGAGGAACGCUUCUGUCAGGACUACAGCGUGUUCGUGGACAAGAUGCAAACGAAGGUUUACAGCUUCAACGGCAUCAGCUUGGAGGACGAAGAGAGCGCGGACGAGCUGAUCAGCGACUAUCUUGUCCAGUACAACAUGCGCAAUUUCAAUCGUGCUCAGAACGAUUUCCUACGCGAGCAGAUUGAGCUACUGCGUGUCGAGUUGGAGGCUGGUGCGAAGCAACUGGAGAACCACGAUUUAAAACUGGGCUCUGUGAAGCAGGUGUAUGGCGACAUCAACGCUAGCAUCAAUCGCAUCCAGCAGGAUAUGGUUCAGCUGUCCCAGAUCAAGGAAAAGGUACUAUUUUCGCGAAACAUGAUGAAGAAUCUGCUGGACGACAUGCAGGCGGCCACACAGAAGCAGAACGCAAAGUCCCAGCUGAUGAGCACCAAGCUGAAGGUCAGCAACAUGUCCAUGCUUGGGGCGGAAAGCUUCUGCUUGGCCAACGAUAGUGUGUUUUCGAGCACAAAGGUUGAGUUCGAUGGAAACUGUAGCGCCAUGAACUCCACGAUGCGUCGAAGCUUCGAUAACAAAACUCUGAUGCCGGGAGGGGUAGGCUCUAAUACUAUGGUUGCUUCUGGAUCCACUGUACCCGCGCACUUACUGGAACUGAAUACCUUUGUAGAAAUACCACUGGAGAAGCUGAGCUGCAUGCCGCGCUCCUGCUCCUUCCUGUUGUCGGCCAAUCCGCUCAUCGUCGAGGCGCAGGAGCUGGCCUCCACCGUUCAACUGGCGCCCGGCUAUUUGCUAACACCCUUCGGCGCUCUGCAGGAAGUCCGUAAACGCAUUUUGUGGGCGUCAGCAAUUGCCGCACACACGUCUGACUUGAAAUUAAAUUUGCAGCCGUUAAUUGUUGACCCGCACGAUUUGAGGCUGAAGGCCAAUCGACAGCACGAGGAAAUUGACCAAUUGCUGGACAACCUUAUGGCCAUCGGCGUGAAGACUCAGUUGCAACUGGAAAAGGCCGAGCGCAUCUACCACUUCCUGCUCGAGAAUCCUUUGCGUCGCUACGUUCCCCCUAGUAGACGAUACAAUAAUGGAAGCUUUGCGGACUACGAGUCAGAGUUCAAUCUCUACUAUCGCAUGGCCACGAACGGAGGUUCAAUCAGGGCACCACCUAAUUAACAACCAGCCCAAUCGCUCUGUUAUUUGUAUUAUGAAUACUUUAUCGUUCUCAUUUACACAUUUUUUAAACUAAAUGAAACCCAACCCUUGUUGAAAACUAAAA